AUGAAUGCAACAUUAUUUUGCUAUGAGAAUACCAAAGAUUCAUGUAUCAAGCUUUAUAGAUCCAACACUGCACUACUAAUGUUAUAUGUUUCCUGUGUAUUAACAAUUGUAUUCACUGUCAUUGGAAACCUUCUGGUAAUAAUUGCGGUUUCUCAUUUUAAGGUACUUCAUUCACCAACAAAUGUUUUGACCCUAUCUCUAGCAGUUGCUGAUUGUAUGAUAGGCUUGUUUAUUUUACCUUUCAGCUCUGUUAGAUCUGUUGAAAGCUGCUGGUACUUUGGGACAUCUUUCUGCUUUUUCCAUUCUGGUUUAGAUACAUGCUUAUGUCUCAUUUCAGUCUUUCAUUUAUGUUGCAUUUCAAUGGAUCGCUAUUAUGCAGUAUGUGACCCAUUACUCUAUCCAACUAAAGUUACAGUUUCAGUUGCAUUUCUACUUGCAGCGGCUUCUUGGAUAAUACCUGCAAUUUAUGUGUUUGUUUUGACUUUUUCAAGAAUGGUAGAAGAAAAGAUGGAGACAUUAGCACCUGAACUCCCCUGUCUAGGGAGCUGCCAGCUUGUAGUUAUGAGACUCUGGGGGUGGAUAAAUUUUUCUAUAUUUUUUAUACCAUGCUUUCUUAUGUUAGGCUUAUAUAUAAGAAUAUUCUUCAUUGCACGGAGACAGGUAAAAAUUAUAAACAGUAUGACAGAAAACAAUACUUCUUUAAGAAAUGGCAGCAUAUCAAAAAGGGAAAGAAAGGCAGCUGUAACUCUUGGAAUAGCUAUAGGAAUUUAUGCAUUAUGUUGGCUGCCCUUUGUCAUUGACACAAUAAUCGAUGCAUUUUUUAAUUUCAUUACCCCACCACUUAUAAGCGACUUCUUAAACUGGAGCACGUAUAUUAACUCUGCUUGCAAUCCUAUAAUUUAUGGAUUUUUCUUUCCCUGGUUCAGAAAAGUAUUGCAGAUUAUUUUUACAGGCAAGAUUUUCCAGCCCGGUUCAUCAUUAAUAAACCUUUAUAAGGAGUGA